UCUAGUUUUGAUGCUAGAUAACAUUCACCGCUCUCUCUAAUUAGAGUGAGAGGCCUUUUCCGGCAGGAGCCAAAAAGGUAAAUAAGAAACUGAAGAAGAAAGUGUCCUUCGUUAGCAGAGGCGUGAUAAUAUAUUCAUAAAAAAUUAACGGUUUGUGAAUAGAAGAGUUGCAAAAAUUUCCAUAAGUGAUAUCUGCAUUAUCGUGGAGUAUUGUGCUAUUUCUGCCGUCACUUUUUGAAGAAGGACUAGAAGUAGAAAACCAUUCUUAGAAAAGGAUUUAAUAGAGAGGCAGAUAUGGAAGCUUGGGAAGCUUUCGAGAAAUGGGAAAAUGAAGUUUGGUUCUCACUGUACAAAUACUGUAACGGCAAUGAAGUUUUCCUAAAUGUCAUUAUUCCUCUAAUAAUAUUGUUAUCAGUUUAUUGGAGUGUGGGCGCAUUGUUUACCCUAGUGGACUUUACUGGAAAACCCCAUUUCAUUAUUAAAUACAAGAUACCUGAUCCAACUAUUACAAAAUAUCCGCGAAUCACGGAACCAAGAUUCCGAGCUGUUGCCACUCAAGUCUUGUUCAAUCAGACAGUUGUUACAAUUCCUGUUAUUUAUUUCUGCUACAUGCUAAGAAAUUACUUGGGAUACGACAGAGCGAUAAAAUUACCGAAGCCAAACAUUUUUGUUUUUAAUAUUAUAGCGCAAGUAUUAGUAGAAGAGGUCUUCUUUUAUUACUCUCAUAGAAUAUUACAUCAUCCUCGACUGUACAAGCAUUAUCACAAGAGGCAUCACGAAUGGAUAUCGCCUGUUGGAGUGAGCGCCAUCUAUUGCCAUCCUGUGGAACAUGUGCUAUCAAAUGUUCUGCCAACGUUCAUGGGAUCCGUAAUUGCUGGAACCCAUGUAACCUCGCUGUGGGCCUGGCUUAUAUUUGCGACAGGUUACGGCGUGAUAGUUCAUUCUGGGUACCAUUUACCUCUCACACCGACACCAGAAUUCCAUCACUAUCAUCACCUCAAAUUCAAGGAAAAUUUCGGUAUUAUUGGCAUAUUAGACUGGCUUCAUGGCACUGACAAAGAGUUUAGAAAAUCUGAAUUCCAUAAGAGAAACGUGGUGCUUUUUUCUUUGACAUCUCUCAAUGAACAACACAGUGAGAUAUCUAAACAAGUGAAUGGCAGCUUAAUAAACGACAAACAGCAACUAUUUGAACAAGCAAACGGCAGCUCAAUAAAUGGCAAAAGGCAAUGACAUCAGCUGAGUGAAUAUUCAGUCUGUGAUCCAGUAUUUAAAACUGGGAG